AUGGCUGUCAGCGAUUCCAUCAUCGUUUCCAAGUCUUUGACGACGAUCUCUCUUGAGCGUCUUCGAACUGGAGAUGCUGUGGAAGGCAAGAAAUUGCUCAGCGCUUGUCAAAGUCAAGGAUUUUUCUAUCUCGAUUUAAGCAGCGAUUUGGAGCUAUGCGCACAGUGGGAAGGGAUGCUGGGGAGAAUGAAGGAUUAUUUUGACCAGCCGCUUGACGUCAAGCUGCAAGAUGUUCGGAACAGUCACAACUAUGGCUAUAUACCCGUGGGAACUGAAGAGGGUUUCAAGCCAGAAAUCAAGGAUGGCUACGAAACUAUCAAGCUUUCUCGUCGAGAAUAUCUAAAGGGUUCAGCAGACCUUACCUCUCCUUCCCGCUUACAACCAGACUACUUCUUUGCCUACAUCAAGCGAGCGCACGCCAUUACGCGUUUGAUCCUUGAGCGCCUGUCGUCCGAACUAAACCUCACCGACGAAGCAAGAUUCGAGACCAACCACGAGGAUUCCAAGCCAUCCCUCUGCACGCUUAUCCUCCUUCAUUACCCCAAGAACAACGACACGACUGCACCCACAAACGUAGGCCAUCUCAAGCACACCGACAUCGGUUCCAUUACCUUGGUACUUUCCCAACAAUGGGGUCUCCAAUUCCUAUCUCCCACAACGAAGCAAUGGGAGUUCCUUGAACCUCGGCCCAAGCAUGCGAUUGUCAAUGUCGGCGAUUUCUUACGCUUCUUAUCCGGAGGGAAGCUGGCGAGUAUUGUGCAUCGCGUUGUUCCCCUCGCUGGAAGACAAACGGAGGAUCGUUAUAGUAUUGCGUAUUUCCUGCGCAUGCAUGAUGAUGCUCAAUUCACGGAUUUUGAUGGGAAGACUUGGACGGCGAAGGAGUGGCAUGAUACCAAGUAUGAUGUGUUUAAGAGUCCGAGUACUUUGGAUGUCAAGGGUCAGUUUUUAACGGCGAAGAUUGAAGAGGGUCAGAAGGUCGCAGUUUGA